GGCCCCGCAGGAACAACAAACUGACCGCCCCCCCAUGGAGGAGCCUGUCUACCUCGAGCUCCUGCCUUCUGAUGAGAACACGCCCAAACCCCCAACUCCGCCCCCCAGACCUACACCUCCACCGCGCACAAAGUCCACCAAGCGUAUCCUCCAGAAAGACAGACGGGCCACCCAGCCUGUUCUGGCCUACAUGUUGUCCCCUAGAGGAGGCCGUCCACCAAUCAGAUCGCCCAGCACCUGUGAAAGGGGAAGUGAAGGCUUGUCUACCAGAAAGCCAAAGUUAGAGGGAAAGAGAAGUGAUGAGAAAGAUUCAGAGACGGGAGAGGAAACAGAUGUUAAACACAAUGAAAGCCCCAGGAGGAUCUCCAGUGAUUGGGUGCCGGACAGUGAUUAUGAGCCGCUGUAUCAGAUGUACCAGCGUAAGGUCUGUGAGGCUGAAUGCCAGCUGCAGUGCGAGAGCCCCUCGGCCCACCGCAGGAGCACGAGCGACAGUUUGGGGCUGCAGGGGUCCGGGACCUCGGGGGGCCGGAAGAGGGCGGAGCUCGGAGAGGUCAAACUGUGGCAGGAACUUCCUGUGGUGAAGGAGAGCGGAAUACUGCAGACACUGAGCUACACGGAGAAACAGAGACAGGAGUGUAUGUUUGAGGUGCUGACGUCGGAGGCGUCGUACCUGCGCUCACUCAGAGUGCUCAAAGAUCACUUCCUGGGGUCUCGAGAGCUGGACGACACACUGGUCAUCCACGACAGGAAGUCGCUCUUCUCCAACGUCCUGCAGGUGUAUGAGGUCAGCGAGAGGUUUAUGCAGGAUCUGCUGGACAGAGUGGACAAGAGUGUGGUCAUCUCUGACGUGUGUGACAUCAUCCACCGGCAUGCGAAGGAGUACUUCUCUGUGUAUAUCGACUACGUCAGGAACCAGGUCUAUCAGGAGAAGACCUACAGCAGGCUGAUGCAGUGUAACCGAGCGUUCUGUACGGUUAUGCAGCGGCUGGAAGAAUCUCCGCUCUGCAGGCGCCUCCCGUUCAGCUCCUUCAUGCUGCUGCCCUUCCAGCGAAUCACACGCAUCAAAAUACUCAUACAGAGUAUUCUGAAGCGGACGGCUGAGGGCUCAGCGGAGGAGUCGUCGGCCUCCAGAGCUUUGGCUGUUGUCUCAGAGAUCAUUCAGGAGGCGAACACUCAGGUUGGUCAGAUGAAGCAGAUGGAGGAGCUGAUGCACAUCGCCAACAUCCUGGAGUUUGACAAGCUGAAGGCCAUCCCGCUGGUGUCUAAGACGCGGUGGCUGGAGAAGCAGGGCGAGCUGCAGGAGUUCAGUAAGGUGGGCUCGCUCUUCGGCCGCUUCCGGUUCACCCCCGUCUACGUCUUCCUCUUUAACGACCUCCUCAUCCUCACCGCCAGGAAGAGCGUGAGUCCAGAGCGGUUUGUGGUUCUGGACCAUGCCCACCGCUCCCUGGUGCAGGUCCAGCCUGUAGACAUUUCUGAACCACAGCUGGACCACGCCUUCUGCCUCACCUUGCUGGAGAACCACCAGGGAAACACCUGCGAGCGCCUGCUGAAGGCCAACACUGAGUCUGACCUGCACAGGUGGACGGCCGCGUUCCCCUCCGUCUCUGCUCAGCAGGAAAAGCAGGAGAAGGUGUAUGAGGACUGGGACUGCCCUCAGGUCCAGUGUAUCCGUCAGUACAGCGCAAAGCAGGUGGACGAGCUCAGCUUAGAGUGCUGUGACAUCAUCAACGUUAUCCGCAAAACUAAUGAAGGUUGGUGUGAAGGACUGCGACUGUCGGACCGAGCGAGAGGGUGGUUCCCUCAGGACUCGGUGACCGAGGUGACCAAUGAACACCAGAGACGCCGAAACCUGAGGGAGCAGUACAGGAUCGCCAUGGCAACACAGACGGCCAAUCACAGAGCGGAAGUGUAACACGGCCGGCCAAUCAGAACGAUUAGAGCUGUUUUAUUACCUUUCAAACGCUGAAAUGAAGACAACAGAAAAAACAAUGUUGAGAAUAAUGAAUGAAUAUGUAAAUGAGGAAGAUUUAAAUAAACAGAGCUGCUGAUC